GUAAUUCAAGUUUUAUCUAUUCCUUCCACUAUUCAUUAUCUCUAUCUAAUGGACUAAGCUACGCAUACAAACAAUAUAUUAAAUAUAAUUAACCUUUUAGUUUUGACAUCCGAGUACUUAUGGAUGUUCAGGAAGGCAAAAGGCAAAUGAAGCCCACUCUCGAGACACUUACGGCUGAAAAUGAAUACCUUAGAAAAGAAAACAGUUUGUGGAAUCAGAAGUUUGAAAGUGCUCUAUCAGAGGAAUUUGACAAAUUGAAGAAGUGGCAGAAGCAACGUAAAAACAAAAGCAAAUUGAGGCUGAAAAUGAAUCACUAAAAGAAGAAAAUGCCCUUGUGAAA